GGUCUCGGUCUUCAGAAACUCUCAGGGUUGCAGCAGAACACCCCCCUCUCGUCUCCUCCACCCAUCACCGUUUUUUCCAGGAAAGUCACGCAUUUAUCAUCCAUUUCCACUCGCCACCACCUCCCUCCCCCCCUUUCUCUCCCAUCAUUCCUCCACCCACUCCCCCCGGCUCCAACUGCAGUUUGCAUCUUCCAUAGUGUGCAUGCAUUUUUCGUCUCCCAAAAUGGUUUGCGAGACUAAGAUUGUUGCGGACGAACACGAGGCUAUACCGGGGACCAAAAAAGAGGCGAUGAUGUGGGGGUCCCCCCCCUCCUCCGGCGCGGCUCUCAGCCCCGCCGAGCCGCCCAAGGAUGGGAGGAAAGAUGGGGUUUUUAUCCGGGAGUUUGAGCGCGGGGACGAGGAGGAGGUGCGCCGCAUCUUCUGCGAGGGGAUCAUGGAGCGGAUCCCCAACACAGCCUUCAGAGGGAUCAAGCAGCAGCCCCGGAUCCAGUUUUUAUACGCGCUCCUGACAGUAAUGUGCUUUUACGUGACCAAAUCUGUCACGCUGACCUGCUGUGCGCCCCUUAUUCUCAUGGGUGCGCGCUACUACUACAGCAGGAAAGUAAUCCAGAAUUAUCUGGAGUGUGCUCUGCACACGGACAUGGCGGACAUCGAGGCUUACUACAUGACUCCUACAGGAUCCUGUUUCUGGGUGGCGAUGCUUGAGGGGCACAUAGUGGGCAUUGUGGCGGCUCGGGGUCACGAAGAGGACAACGCCGUGGAGCUGCGGCGCAUGUCGGUGGACUCCCGCUACCGUGGCAAGGGGAUUGCUAAGGCCCUGGGCCGCCGCGUCCUGGAGUACGCCGUGCGCAACAACUACGCCGCUGUAGUCCUGGGUACGACGGCCGUCAAGCUGGCCGCCCACAAGCUGUACGAGUCGCUGGGUUUCCGCAGAACGGGCCAGAGCGAAAACCACAGGCUACCCGGAAUGAGCCGCUCUCCGCUGGAGAGGCUCUUCUUCCAGAUCCGCCACAGCCAGUACCGCCUGCAGCUCCGUGAGGAGUGAGAGGUGAUGGGAUGGAGAGGGGAGAGGGACAGAGAGAGCAACAUCCCUCCGUCACCUGAGGGCCCCGGCUGCAUCCUCUCCUCUGACGGCUUUUAUUUAUUUUCUGUCACUAUAUCUCAACUGCUGUUACGCCGUAAAGUCACUAACAUUUUGGUUACGUUCAUGCUUCUUUUGCUGUUUUUGUAAUAUACACUUUAAUAUUUUUAAUACAACUUUGUUUCUUUAUACUAUUUUUUUUUGUAUUUUAUUUACCCCUCCAUUUCCAUUGUGGAAGAAAAUGACCUUUUUAGACACCCAAGAAACCCCUUUAGUCUUAAGAUUGCAUUGUUCUGAUCAUCAUCCAGAGAUUUUACUAACAACUCCUCACUUAAAUUUCCCACAAACCCCUCUGACAUGACGGGUUCAGCCCCUGACGAGAUCAGACUUUGAGAGACGACACACAUCCAAAGUGUCUGGCUAAAGCACACACGUUCUUGCCGUGUUACACUUUGCAUGUGUAUCAUGUGGCCUCAAACACAAGUCAUCUUGGCUGUCAGCCAUUCCCCCCAAGACACCAUAUUGAAGCGCAGCGAUAGCGCGUUUCUGAGCCCCGCGGCGAGACACAGCCGUGACAGGAUGGCGAGCGGAACAUGUGCUGCCUCGUAAUUGGAUUCAGUGCAUCUUCCUCUCCUCGUCCGCUGUUUAAUUUGUCUUUUUUUGUCAUUUCAUCACUCCUUUUUUUCCACACUGGAGAUGAGGAGAGGGCCUCUGAUUGGUUGAGGUGACAGUAGGGUGGAGCUUUCUCAUAAAGUUCUCAAGCCACAAUAAAGCUAAAGCUCAGAGCUUGUGUGUGAAUGCAUGUAUGACUGGUGUGUAGCAUGUCACUCUGAAUGUGUGUGUCUGUAGAGGAGGUUUGACACUAGCAAGCCUCAACCGUACGUGCUGAACUUUUUAUUUAGCUUAGAUAUAUAAAAAGUUUACCUAACACUACUACUUUUUACGUAAACUGUUUACUGAUUGAAUUAGGAAACAAUCGAACAUUCUUUUUUAUUCGUUCCCAAUUUAACCGAUCCUUUCAGAUUUUAUAAUUGCAAAAAAACUUGCCACAUUUAAAUAUGCAAAAUUUUAUCAUCAAAACUACGAUUUCUAGCUUAAUCCAGGUGACAAAACUAGUUGGAUACGACACAGCAAUACUUGCAGUUCAUAACUGAGCACAAAAGUAAAUAUAUCUCAAUCUAGAAUGAUAUUUUCCCUCCAUUUGUAGGUAAACUCUUAUGUAGCAAACAUUUUGUCUUCAAUGUUCCUAACAAACAGAAUCAGCUCUCAAAACUCCCAUAAAAAAAGCACACAAACGUCAAAAAGAGGGAAAAUAUUACAAACAUUCUCAUACCAUUCCAACAAACCCUUAAGACUCCCUGUGUCAUUAACCUGUCUGCAACCCUGGGCGAGACCAACCCCUCCACACAAACCCCCACCCGCAUCUCCUCCAUCCAGACCCUCAUCCAUCCCCGCUCCACCUCUGCAUGUGCCCUUAAGUCUUGCUGCACUGCUUUAGUUGGAAGCUUGUCGGACCAGCUCUAGAGCCCGUCCCCGUUCUCGUGUCGUCUGGGCAGUGUGACGCCACCUCUGCAACAUGACAGGCCGUUAGGGAGGAGGAGGCUGCGCGUCGAGUGCAUGUGCUGUGAUGCAAAAGCAAUGGGGGGGGGACUUGACGGAGAAUGUGUGUUGCAGCAGACAAUAGGCUCACCAGCUGCAGCGCUGCCUGGAUGACAUUAUGCCUGCCAACCAACCAACUGUAGAAUGCAAAAAGCAAUGCAAGUGUGGCAUGUCUCUGUGCCCAGCGUGUGAACGGUGCCUGCCUUGGAAAAGAGCAGAAAAAAACAACAUAUAUGUACUAUACUAAUAUAUAUAUAAAUAUAUAUGUGUGUGUAUAUAUACACACAAACAAACACGAAGAAGACAAGCCUCUUUUAUAAGAGUAACAUGUAAAACAAAUGUGUGUUUCUGAUCCAAAAGAAAAACUUUUGCAUGAAUCGUGUUUUUGAAUGCAACUGUAACUGUAAAGGGAGACACUCCACGUGACAUACAAUUUAAAGUUGUAGUUUUUAGAGGCUUUAUACUAUUACUUUAUCCUUUCUGAUCACGACUGAAGAGUUUAAACGUAAUACCAGCCACAAGAACAAGUGCUAAAACACUCCUAUGAGGCAGCCAAGCAUCGUUUAGCAGCUAUCCGAAAAAUCCUUGCAGUAUUCGAAAGAAGCAGCCAUUUAUUGACCUCGGACGACGUCGCGUCUUUUAUUCAUCAGCUUGUGACGACAUUUUUACAGACGGAAGCUUUCAAUGGGCAUUUGACCAUGUGGUACUAUAGCACACGGUAAAAAAAUAAAAUCCUGCAGCUUGUUAUAAACAUAAAUCCUCAGGGUGAUACAGGUCAUUUUCUGUGCUUCCUGUUCAAUGCCCUCAAACGCCUAAAAAAUAUACGUUUCUGUGUUAUUGGUGAAAUUGUACCACAUUUAGUAAUGGACUCAUGGGAUAGGGCGGAGCUUCUUCUUUCACUCAUUUUUCCCUCAACAUGAAAUAAUCUGAGUUUAAUAUAUAUUUUGUGAAUUCAUAAAAAAUACACAACAGCCCUUUCGGAGCUGACACGAAGAACCUAUAAAUCAUAUAUCUGUGUUAUACUUCAGAUAUGAUACAUCUACAGCUCCAUAAAAUUGGGGAUACGAUUGGUCUAUUUCCAGAAGAAAAAAAAUAAUCAAACUGACACUAAAACAUACUUCAAUAGUAAAUCCUGUGAGUGUGAGAGCUGAAACAUUUCUGUGAAACAUCAGUCUGUUUCAUGAAAGACACUAGAAAACUGUUUAGAACCAUUGAAUCUGUCCUUUCCUUUGAUGUUAAUCUGUUUUAAUUGAAAUAAAUCACAAACUCCUUCAUGUAAUGGUAGUCCAUGAAGGUGAAGAAGAUCAAAACGCCUUUUUCUAAGCCCUAUGCACUGCAACCAAAAACUGCAAUGACACAUUAAGAAGUAUUGACAUCUUUAGGCAUUGAUUGAUCUUGCAUUACUGCUGUAGGAAUGUUUCCAAUUCUAUGUGAGAUCUACCAAAGUCAGUACCAUUCCUCUUAAAUGUUCUGCUGAUGUACAAUCCAGAAUUAAUCCUACGACUUUUGUCUGGUUUGCUUUUUUUUUGGUUGGGUUUGAAUGCAAGUGACUUUUGGUAAAGUUUCCAGAGAGUGUGCUGCAUUGUCGUCUCUGUUUGGUGCUUUCACACUCUGAAAAAUAGAAUAAAAGGGGGCACAAACAAAAAGUUAUUAUCCAGCAUUUUUUAAAUUUAAAAUCUAACUUUUGAAAAAACAACCAUGUUAAGGAAUCGUGCUUUGUUUGCUAAUGAAAAAGCAGUAUUUUAGUCAGAAUUUCACACAUGUACAUGUAUGUUUAACCCUUUAACGUAUUGUAACUUUUGAACCGUUGAAACGAUCAACGUAAUUCUAGCAGAUUUUGAAGGAGGAAAAGCGCUGCUUUUUCUCCUUCUGCUAGAAUUACGUUGAUCGUAUUGACGAUUUAAAAGUUACAGUAUAUCAAAGAACAUAAACACUGGAGCUUCGGUGUUAAAGUCCCACUCCGAUCACCUUUUGAUCUACUUUCAACUUUUAAUUAUUAUUAUGUAAAUCAUUUAAAAAAAAUGUGUUUUUAAGAUAUAGUUGCUUCAGUUCAUUAGAAAUUCACCUCUAAAUUUUGGGUGGGAGUGUUGACGCGGAGCAACCCCUCCCCCCUUCCCUUGCCAAGAAUUUGCCCCACCCCCGACGUGUUUUCUUCGUCACAAAUUUCCCUUGUUUCAAGUAGCAUUUUUUGCUCUUGAUUCGUGUUUUGAAUACUCAGAAAUGAAACUACGAGCUAAAUUUUCAUGAGAAAGUCGGAGUGGGUCUUUAAGAAACGAACACCCAAAGGCAUGCUAAUGAAUGAAUGCUGACGUUUCCUUUAAAAUCUUUUUACUUUAAAAGAAGAGCUGUUUGGGAUGCAGAGCUGGUGUAAAUAGUGAUAUGUCUACCGACUGUCAAUGUUUUAUUUCCUGUCAUUUUUUUUAUUUUUCGCUGGUUGGACGAAGCUCGUCUCGGACAAAGGUUGCGUGCUGGAAUGUUCCACCUAAAGAGGAGGCGAAGGGAGGAAUGUGCCACACUGGCAGUCUAAAGAGGGGGUGUGUGGGGCAGCCGCACAGACUCCCCCUCUCUCUCUACCUCCGCUGGACAAAAACCAAGACUCUGGACUGAGGCCACAAGUGCCAAAUACACAGAAGCACUUGUAGCAUAAGUGUGUUUUCAUUCGCUUGGUUUUGUUUCCUUACCGAGGAGGCUACGGAUAAAGAAUCUCCUGUGUGAUGAAUGUGUAUACAGGAAAUGACGGUGUAAUGUACAAUCCAUGCUGCAUGGCAUCCUAACUUUAAGAUGUGUAGACUUGCCAAGAAUGAAAGUACCUGCUGCUUUUUUUUAAGCCCCUCCCACAUUUUGUUGAACCCAAACCGAUUGGAAAAAUGACUGUGCAUGUGCCAUCUGAUCAAGCAAUAAGUACAAAAAAAAAAAUGCUGCAUCAAUUUUGUUUAUGUUUGUACAGCAGUGAUGCCAUUACAGAAAGAUGGAAACUCGCAUCAAAAUCUAAGGAACGUUUUAUAGGAUUUUUCACUCCAUUUUUUUAAGUAAAUAUUUGACACUUAUAAAGAAAAUAAGUGUAAUGGAGGCUAAAGAAUGAGAAGCUCAAGCAGACAGGAAAGGGAAAAAGUGGGCGCGUUAUUGCUACAAAUCUCUGUAGUGAAUUCGACCACAAGACCUCCUAAAUACGAUAAACAAGCACUAAAUAUCCAUCAGAAACAUGCUAAAUCAGUUUUUAACCAAUGGAUUUUGAAAUAUUGAGAUAAAUUAUCAAAAAUUUGAACACUUUUUUUUACUAUUGACUGUACUUCUAGGUCAUUUUCUCUUGUUUUUUAAACAAAACACUGUAAAAGGUAUUUUAAAAAUGCUCCUUGGUAUUUGAGGUGGAUUUAUUUUUCAGACGUCAAGUGCGCAGCGUCUUUGUCUCUCAGUAAUGGUUCAGAUUCAGCCUUUCUUUGCACUGUAAAAAGUGAAAAACUGGAUCAAUUAACAAAAAACUGAUUUUUUUACAUUUAAAAACAUUAAUUUCAAUUAUUUUUUCAAGCUGAGUAACUCAACAUUUUAAUUUGAUGUAACGAUCCAACGUUUCACAUUUUACAGUGUGUCCUGUCUGCCUGAGCUCUCUAAACUAAUAGCACACACCAGCUCAUGAAUAUCAUACAGCCACUCUCCAAGCUGAUGCAGACCAGUCAUGGCAGAUUUUUUUUUUUUUUUUUUUGGUUGCCAGGAAACCAAGAAACACAAAGCACAGUAGGGGGGGCUGAUAUGCAGCCACGGAGUCAGAUGGAUGAACCUUUUAGGGCUUGGACAAAAGGAGUCGCCACUGAGGGGGGAACUUUGAACUUGAGUUUUGAACUCUGACCUCAAAGUUUGGGUUCAGUUUGGUCCCAGAAUCUGCAGAAAGACGGCGAAGUUUCACCUCGGCUAAUCCAGAUGUGAGGAGAGAUUGGGGCAAAGUCACAGCCGGUUCAUUCAUUCUGCUCUAAUGUCACCGAGCCUGCAGCGGCAACCUGACUUUCUCUAUCUGCUUUUAGUUCCUUCUUUUUGAAAACUGCUGUAUGACCACAGGAUGAUUACUAUUAUUAUGUAUCUAUUAACCCUUUCUUUUAUACUGACAAGACUGAUAUUGUAUAGAUGUAAAGAUGGGAUAUUUUGACUGAGACAUGGAUGUACAUAUACUGUAAGGAUUAAAAAGACGACGCUUUAAACUUUUA